AUGAUUAUUCAGAGAGUGGUGUUGAAUUCACGCCCCGGCAUCAAUGGUGUUCCAGUUGCAGAAAACUUCCGUAUGGAGGAAGCCAAUCAACUGGAUAAAAUGUCAGAGGGUCAAGUAAAAGUUCGUACACUUUAUCUGUCUGUGGACCCUUAUAUGCGUUGUCUUAUGAAUGAGGACACUGGUGCUGACUACAUUCAGCCAUGGAAGUUGUCUGAAGUUGCCAGUGGUGGAGGCAUUGGUACUGUGGAAGAAAGCAGAGAUGCCGGUUUUUCCAUAGGAGAUUUUGUAACUUCCUUUCAUUGGCCCUGGCAGACUAAGGCUAUUUUAGAUGGAAAGCAGCUUGAAAAGAUUAAUCCACAACUUGUAGAUGGGCAUCUUUCCUACUUUUUGGGAGCAGCUGGCUUGACUGGGCUGACCGCUUUGUUAGGAAUAAGAGAGAAAGGACAUGUGACGCCGGGUGCUAACCAAACCAUGGUUGUCAGUGGAGCUGCUGGUGCCUGUGGCUCAUUGGCUGGGCAGAUAGGUUUCCUGGAGGGCUGUUCCAGAGUGGUUGGUAUCUGUGGAACCAAUGAAAAAUGCUCUAUUUUGGUCUCGGAAAUGGGGUUUGAUGCUGCUAUCAACUAUAAAGAAGAAGACAUGGUGCAACGGCUGCGUGUGCUGUGCCCAGAUGGAGUGGAUGUGUACUUUGAUAAUGUUGGUGGAGCCAUCAGUGAUGCAGUGAUAGGUCAUAUGAAUCCAAAUAGCCAUAUCAUUUUAUGUGGGCAGAUCUCAGAGUACAACAAAGAUAUGCCUUAUCCUCCUCCACUCCCUCCUGCAAUAGAGGAAAUAAUGAAAGCACGGAACAUCACUAGGGAAAGAUUUCUAGUUCUGAACUACAUGGACAAAUAUCCAGCUAGUACUAUGCAGCUCUGUCAGUGGAUCAAAGAGGGAAAACUGAAGGUUAGAGAGACUGUUGUGAAAGGCUUGGAAAACACUGGAGCUGCUUUCCUGUCCAUGAUGAGUGGAGGCAACAUUGGAAAACAGAUUGUACAUGUUUCUGAGUAAAAUGAAUCUUUUCACUGUUAC